AUGGAGCUGCAGGUGCACCCUCCACCUCCCCACUUUCUCCCCUACACCUCCGGCGCCACCACCCCACGCCUCCAGCACGCCAUGGAGCACGACAUCUCCACCGGCCUGCACCGCUACCUCGACCGCAUCGAGGUCCCCUACCGCCCCGUCUCCCACCGCCGCCUCGAGCUCGAGAGCCGCCGGCCCCGCCUCCUCCGCCAGUGCCUCGCCGAGUUCACCGGCGUCUGCUUCUUCGUCUUUCCCGCCCUCGCCUCCGUCGCCACCUACAUCCUACACGCCGACAGCGAGCUCGGCGUCUCCGCCUUCGGCUCCCACUUCCAGACCGGCUGCGCCUUCGCCGUCGGCGUCGCCGCCGCCAUCAUCACCUGCGCCCCGACCUCCGGCGGCCACUUCAACCCGGCCAUCACCCUCGCCAUGGCCUUUUGGCAGGAUUUCCCUGGUGGAAGGCACCCCUGUACAUCUUCAGCCAAAUCGCCGGCGCCUUCUUCACCGGCCUGCUCAUCGUCGGCGUCUUCUGGCCCCAGAUCCGCGAGCUCGACCUCGCCCUCCUCGCCGCCGGCCAGCCCUCGUCGCCGCCGGCGCCCCGCCUCCAUCCUGUGCUCCUUUCCCGACGCCCACGGCCAGGCCAACAUCGCCUACCUCUUCAUGAUUGAGUUCUUCGCCGACGCCUUCAUCGGCAUCGCCAUCUGGGCCGCCCUCGACCCGGCCAACCCCUUCGUCAAGCCUGCGGGUAUCCCCUUCGUCAUCGGCGCCGCCUACGCCGUCAUCAUCUGGGGUUCGGCAGCAUGGGCCUCAGCACCAACCUGGCCAGGGACCUCGGUACCCGUCUCCUACGCCCCCAUCGCCAUACUCGUCAACAUUCCCGCCACUCUCUUGGCUACCGCUUUCUACGAGUUCGUGCUCCGCGACAGCAUGGCCAUUAUUAGUCAGGGACACACCACAUGUAAAGACGGAAGCGCCGCGCUCUACAGGCACCUACACAAGCUUGGGCUAGUUGACGAAGAACAUGCCGUCGUGAUAGACUCUACCGGCAUGAAGCACGCGCUCUAA